GAUUGGCACGGCGGCCAUCUUCCCGCCGGCCUCCCCGCGCUCAUUGUGUGUGAGACUCAGUAAACACGGACCAUCGGAAAGGCUGAACUUGUGCUUGGAACACCGCUCGUCGUCCAGUUUUCUUGGUUUUACCUGACCAGAUUUUGGAAUGGCUCGUACCAAGCAGACUGCCCGUAAAUCUACUGGUGGUAAAGCACCUCGCAAGCAACUGGCAACAAAGGCUGCACGCAAAAGUGCUCCUUCCACUGGAGGUGUCAAAAAACCUCAUCGUUACAGGCCCGGUACUGUUGCUCUGCGAGAGAUUCGCAGGUACCAAAAAUCAACGGAAUUGCUGAUUCGCAAAUUGCCUUUCCAGCGACUGGUGAGAGAGAUUGCCCAGGAUUUCAAGACUGAUCUGCGUUUCCAAAGUGCAGCAAUAGGCGCUCUGCAGGAAGCCAGUGAGGCUUACCUGGUUGGUCUGUUUGAAGAUACCAACCUCUGUGCCAUCCAUGCCAAGAGAGUUACCAUCAUGCCCAAAGAUAUCCAGCUGGCACGCCGCAUCCGUGGUGAACGUGCUUAAGAAGGAGGCUGAAGACGUUAAAGAAAACCCUACAAUUCCCUUUACUAAAUCUUCUAUAGUACAGACUCUAGUUUUUCCUACUUCUGUUUGUAGUCUUUUAGAUCAUGGGAUCUGUGUUGUUAAGUCUAUUAGUCCGAUAAGAGCCAAUUUGGAGGCACCCUUUUUGUGCAUGUAAUAGCUUUGCACUGAUCAGAUGGUGUCAGGUUGACAGGGAGAGGGCAUGAGGGUUUGAUUAGCUGUUUUCUGCAGCAGGGUGCUAAGUUAACUCAGCCCUGUCCUCAUCUCCUGGCCUGUGUUUUCUACCCUAAUUUAAUUAUUCAAUGAGCAGCAGGUUCCAGUUCAAACAGAAUAAGCAGUGCUGUAGAUGUUUCCAACUCAGGUUGUAUGUAUCAUUUCUUUGUGUGAUUUUAUGUAGCAAAGGAGUUGUAAAGGCUAUCAAGGAGGGAACCUUGGCAAAUCCCUUGGUGAUUUGUUUUGAUGUACACCUACCAGCAAUCAAGUUUGUCAGAGCAGAUUUAUAGGCAUCUUCAUUGCCAAUUUCCUUUUUUAUGUAUUACUUUAUGCGCAGUUAGACAAAAUUGAUAACUGCCAGUUUCAGGGUGUUGCUAGAUUUAGCUCAGGUGCUACGAGGUCACUCUGUAUUGGUCAGCAGGGAUUUUUUAAACUUUGUUUUAAUUCACAAUAUGUGUGCAGGGGUGUUACAGAGUAACAUUUGUCUGUACAAUUCUGAACUGAGGGCAGUUGACCAGUGCCUGGAGUCUCCCUGCUGCUCACUGGCCUGUUCUGAUGAGUGCAAGCAAAACAUGUUUGAAGCCAACACAGUAAUCUGUUGGGCAUUUCCUAUUAUAAAAUUUUUCUUUUUUGUAUUUUUUCCUUAUUUUUUCAUAACUCGUGAAAUAUGGGAUUUUUUUGAUUUUUUUUUUCAGUGCUUGGUUUUAUACCAAAGCUUCACUAAAUGGCAGCCAGGGGACUAGUUCUCCUUUUUAAGGCUCUGUAUCAAAUAUGCAUUCACAGUUGUAUCGCCUGCCUUGUUUUACUUUGCAGGUUUGUUUCAUAUAUAUGCCUUUGUGUUUCUUGAUAGGAAUGAUGUGUUACUAUAAUUAUAAAUAUAUAUAUAUAAUUUUUGUUUUCUAUUUUGAUUUAAGUGUUUCAAGCAUUUGAAGCUGAUCUUUGUAAUUUCCAGAUUUCUGAUAUUAAAGUGGUAAUAAAUAGACGGUACACCAAAA